ACAUUUAUUCUUCACUACACUUCUGUUAUUUAAUGUCAUCCAAGACUAAUCAGGGAAUAGUCCAUGCCUGUCAGACAAUCAAAAUGGUGAGUGGCAGGGGCGGACUGACAACAUAUGGGGCCCCAUGGCAAUAGGGGAUCAUGGGACCCCUGUGUCCUUUCCCACACUCAAAAAAGCCUAUAAAAAAGGUACCAGGGAUAUCUCAUGGGGCCCCCUACUGACCCCGGGCCCUCAGGCAGUGCCCGAGUGCUCAAAUGGUCAGUCCGCCCCUGGU